AUGAAGCCAGUUGCAGUCAAGUUGCCUUUAACCCACAGGACGCCCUUCUCUGUGGAGGAUAUUUUGGACCCCACCAAGUUUACAAGAAGAAAAAUCUGCGCAGUGGAGGAAGAGGCAACAGGAGCUUCUACUCCCAGAGAAGAACCCAGAGAGCAGGCGCAUCCUCCGGCAGGUGAAAGCUGCAGCCAGGAGGAUGACGCUCAGUGUCCGGGGAAGCCUCAGAGGUCGAAGGCAAAGAGUCGACGGAUCCGCACCGCGUUCACCCUGGAGCAGCUGCAGAUCUUGGAGCACAGCUUCCACAGGUGCCACUACCUGUCGGUGCUGGAGCGGCACACCAUCGCCUCGGCGCUGCGCCUCUCCGAGACCCAGGUUAAGAUCUGGUUUCAGAACAGACGCACCAAGUGGAAGAAGGAGCGGCUGCCGGGGAAGGAGGCAGAGGAGGAACACGGCUUCACACAAUCCUUCUCCUCGCAUCCUGCCGUCUGCUCAUCUCUGACCUUCAGUCCUCUCUACUGCCAGCAGCGCACUCCGCUCCAGCUGUUUGCGCCUCUGCCGCUGGUGCCUUAUCAUCAUUAUUAAACGUGGUGCGCAAACCUGCACUGAGGGACUGAGCGCGCGACGGAGCAACA